UCUGAAAGCACCCCGCCCUCCCCUCCAUCUCCACCUAACACCGCGCCGAGCGAGCACACAGCAGGAGCAGAGCGGAUGAGCAGAUCCGUCACGGAGAUAGUGAGCGAGGCACGCCGUCCCCCCGACGCUCCGACCAGGACCACGGUGCCUCCGAGCGGUCUGUCCCCCUGCGCUGCGCCCCGCUCGUCCGUCCGUCCGCCUGCCCGCCGCGCCGCGCCGCGCCGGUCGGUUCCUUUUGGAGAGCGGUGUGUUUUUCUCCCUGUAAGCUGGAUGAAUUAUUGGAGAGUUGUGAACAAGUGCGAGAAGAAACCUGAGGCUCUGGAUCUGCCUCCUCGGUCCUUCCAGGGAAGACGAGACUCAGCUGAGAGUUGUGGAUAAUGGAGAGGACGUCCCUUUAUCUUCCCAUUGUUAUUUUAUUGAUGCAAUGUUCCCCUUCCGUCCCCGUCACCGUGACAACCAACAGGCACAAGGUGGAGGUGCACGAGUCGGCAGACGCGGUGCUGUCCUGCAUGUUCCGCACGGAGAAGGACCAGAACCCGCGCAUCGAGUGGAAGAAGAAGGGGAAGGACGUCUCCUUCGUCUACUACGAGGGACAGUUCAGAGGUCCGUUUGAAGGGCGGGCGAGCAUCGACGGGGCGACGGUGACCCUGCACAAGGUGACGCAGAAGGACGCCGGCGAGUACCGAUGCGAGAUCAGCGCUCCCCUCGACUCGGUCACCCUGGGAGAGACCAACGUCACGCUCAAAGUCCUCGUGCCCCCACAGAUCCCGUCGUGUGAAAUCCCCACCUCGGCGUUGACGGGCUCCGCCGUGCAGCUGCGCUGUCGGGACCGCCAGAGCAUCCCACCCGCCACGUACUCCUGGUACAAGGACAACCAGCCAAUCAGCCCCCCGCGCCACGCCAACGCCACAUAUCUGAUCAACUCACACACCGGCAUACUGGAAUUCAAGGCGGUGGCCAAAGAGGACACGGGCCGGUACAGCUGCCUCGCAUCCAACGGGGUGGGAACGGCCAAGAUGUGUAAGGGCAACCACAUGACAAUAGAGGACAUUAACGUCACAGCUGUGGUGGCGACGGUGGUGGUGAUCGCCUUGGUCAUCGUCGUCUGCGGAUGCGGGGGAUUCCUCUUGCACCGCAACGGAUUCUUCAGCCCAGGGCACAGAGGAAGGUCCAAUGUCAACUACAUCCCUCCGCCCCAAGAACCCCAGGAUUUUAAACACACCCAGUCAUUCAUGCUCUGAGAAGCUGGCCUUCCUCCCUGAAAAUUUAUCACCCUCGUGAUAAGGUGCCAACACUGGAUUCUUUUGUUUCUGGACUCAUAAGGAGCUCUUCAGUGCCCGGUGCAGACACAACGCUAAUUUCAGUCUCUUUUUUUUUCUUUCUCUACCGUUCCUUUGGACGGGUAGCGACAAAAACAGUUCUGCAAGGCUUCUUAUCCUCUUGCUUUGUGGUGUGGGUAGCUCCUGCCAUUGACGUGUUCUGUUCAUGUGGGAUUAAGUACAGUUACAUGGCACUCUGCCCCCCUCUGGUGGUGAGAUGUUGAAAUUCCACUUGAUCUUUUCUGGAUGAUCCAGGGAUUAGAGCAGGGAUGGGCAGCCUUGUGCCGCGGAGGAUCGAGAGUCUGCAGGUGUUCAUGCCAACUAAAGACUACUGACUAAGACUCAGUGAUUAACACGCCUUCGACGAGGGAGCAGAAACCUAUCGGUGAAAUCACCCGACGUGGUCUGCAGUUGAAAUGAAACUGGGCGUGAUCUCGGUUCUCUGUGGUGCAGGGCUGCCCAUCGCUGGAUUAGACAUUUCUACAUGCUUGUUUUCCUUCCCUGUGCAGGCCAAAUGUAUUAACUACCUAUGUGUUAUUUUACCAAAGACUGACUUCAUUUCAUCGAGGGGAAUUUGACUCGUAAAACCUUGAUUAUAGUAAGUGAGCGUCACAAGGGAGCGGUCAUUCUCCACUGAGUGUCAUUAACUCAAAGCCAUAGGGAAAAGCAUCUCAGUUGCGUCGUGGUUUUCAGAUCUACUCACACAGACAAACAAACAAAAAUGCCGUUUACCUCAGUAUCAGCCAUCUGCCGAUGUUUUGUCCUCCAUUCGGUUCGUUCGGGGCCCGGCUUCCUACGACCACAUCGCCACUAAGAUCUCCAGGCCAUGAUCUCGGCACCGACAUGCAAUUAGGGGAAAUCCAGUCCAGGAGAAAAGGAAGCCACUGAAACCAAUUGAGACCAAUCCCGUUCCGCCCUAAUGUGCCUGCAUGGUCUUUUUAUAUACCUUGUGCCUUUUUAAUUUGUCUGUCAUAUUUAUCUAUGGAUCACUGUUUUUUGUAAAGAAUUUGCCUUACUUUUUCUGUCUUUAUAUUUUUGUGCCACUGUUUAUCAAUGUUUAUCAAAAUGGAGUGUCUGUUUUUAGACAGUGUGUGAAUGGAUUGUUGAGAGUUUUAUUUGAAUGAUGUAUCCGUAAUAAAAGGUUUUCUAUUAAAAAAAAAAAAAAAA